AUGGCAGGACAGUGGAUGACGAUCUUGAUUGGUGUUUUGAUGUGGAUGAAUUGCUCAGCAGCUCCUACCGAAUGCCACUUCAACGCUCAAGCUCUGUGUGAGUAUGAGGGAAAGCACUACUUGUUGGGUCAGAGCUGGAUGGAGACGGGGUGCAUUCAGUGCACCUGUCUACACCCUUUUGGGGUGGGCUGCUGUGAAACUGUGCAGCAGCCAGUGGACUUCCCACCUUGGUGCCAGGUGCGAGUUGAAUCUGUAACCUGUAAGGUGAGCUUGGUGCUGACCUCUGAUCCACGUCUGCCCUGCAAUCCAGGAGAAGGGAACAUUGUGGACCCCAGUCAUGGAGAAAUGAACAUUAAACUAGCAGGUUAA